CCAGUUCAACAUCGACAUCUGAAAUUUCUAUAUCAUUUAUUUUAAGUAAAGCCUCCAGAGGGAUUUUCUGAACGGAAUUGUUUCUCAGGCGAAACUAAAGAUGCGGCAUGUAGUGCUUUUGCUCCUCGGAGCUCAUCUUGUCUCUGCUGGAAAACACUCUCUGAGAUACUUCUUUUCUGCUGUGUCUGGAAUCAAUGACUUCCCAGAGUUCACUAUUGUUGGUCAGGUAGAUGAUCAGCAGUUUAUGUAUUUUGACAGUAAGAUAAUGAAAGUUGUGCCGAAGACAGCGUGGAUGAGACAGAGUGUGGGAGCAGAUUACUGGGACAGAGAGACUCAGAUCGGUAUUGGCACACAUCAGGCCUACAAAAACAACAUCCAGGUCCUAAAGGAACGCUUCAACCAGACAACAGGUGUGCACACAGUCCAGGUGAUGUACGGCUGUGAGUUUGAUGAUCAGACUGGAGAAACAAAUGGGUUUCGUCAAGAAGGUUAUGAUGGAGAGGACUUUCUGCUUCUGGAUCUGACGGAGAUGAGAUGGAUUACUCCAGUGAUGCAAGGAUUCUUCACCGUACAGAAGUGGAACAAUUACAGAUAUGAGAUUGAGGCUAAAAAACAUUACUUCAGCACCGUGUGCAUCGAGUGGUUGAAGAAGUAUCUGGAGUAUGGAAAGAGCAGCCUGAAGAAAACAGUCUCUCCUCAGGUGUCUCUGCUGCAGAAGUCUUCCUCGUCUCCAGUCGUGUGUCACGCUACAGGUUUUUACCCCAAAUAUGUAACAAUCUCCUGGAUGAGGAAUGGACAAGAUCAUGAUGAGGAUGUGGAUCUUGGUGAACUUCUUCCUAAUGAGGACGGGACCUUUCAGAGAUCGAGUGAACUCAGAGUUACUCCUGAAGAGUGGAAGAACAACAAGUUCAUCUGUGUAGUGGAGCACCAGGGCAAAACCAUUACAGCGAAUGAGAUCAAGACUAACCAGGGAGAUUCUCUUCCCAUCGGCAUCAUCGUUGGUGUUGCUGUUGCUGUUGCUGUCCUCCUUUUGAUUGGGAUUGCUGUCGCUGGGUAUAAGGUCUAUCAGAAAAAGAAAGGCUUCAGACCUGUCAAUGCAUCUGAUGAUGGUUCUAACAGAUCAACUCAUUCAUUUGAUUCAGUUUAUUCAGUUCAUUCAGAUGAUCAGCUCAUUUAAAAAUAAAAAGAUGUA